GAUUAUUAAUUGUAAUUAGGAACACAACGAAAUAUUAUAGUGUUUGUUAUGUUUGGAUUGUGAUUAGUCGAUUUCCUUUGAACUGAAAACUAUUUACUUAAAAAAUAAAAAUUUGAAAAAAUGCCUCCUAAGAACGAUCCAGAGAUAUUAGCUUUGAGAAAGGAGUUGGAGGAACUUUAUAAAAAACUACAGGAAGAUCAAAAGAAAGUCGAAGAUACUUCAUUGGAGAAAGCAUGCGAGAGCGUAGGUGCGGCCCCCAAAGUAAAGCUCACCACCAAAAAAUUAAUGAAGGGUCAUUUGAAUAAAGUUAAUUCUAUCCAUUACAGUGGAGAUAGUCGUCAUUGCGUUACUGGUUCUCUAGAUGGAAAGCUCAUCAUUUGGGAUACUUAUACUGGAAAUAAGAUGCAGAUUAUACCGCUACGAUCAGCUUGGGUGAUGAGCGUUGCUUUUGCACCAUCUGGAAAUUACGUGGCUUGUGGUGGAAUGGACAAUAUGUGUACUGUAUAUGAUUUGAACAAUAGAGACUCGAAUGGUGUUGCAAAAAUGGUAAGGGAAUUAGCGGGGUACGAUGGUUUCCUUAGUUCUUGUCGUUUUUUAGAUGACAAAUCUAUUAUCACCGGUUCUGGAGACAUGAAAAUAUGUAAGUGGGAUUUGGAAACUGGCAAAAAAAUAUCCGAUUUCGUUGCUCACAAUGGCGACGUAGUCUCUAUUAGUUUGUCACCUGACGGCAAGACUUUCGUAACAGGAAGCGUGGAUAAAACUUGCAGAUUAUGGGAUAUCCGAGAAGAUAAACCCAAACAAACUUUCUUCGGACACCAAUCCGAUGUAAAUUCAGUAUGCUACCAUCCAAGCGGACAUUGUUUCGCAACUGGUUCGGAAGAUAAGUCAGCCAGGAUGUUUGAUAUAAGAAGCGACCAGCAGAUAGCCCUUUAUAAACCACCCACAGAGAACAGUGGAUUCACUUCAUGCGGUUUAUCACUAAGUGGAAGAAUUCUUCUUUGUGGCUCUGACGAUAAUAAUAUACACCUGUGGGAUACCUUGAAGAAUCAGCAUAACGGUACUCUUUCUGGGCAUGAAAAUAGAGUUACAUCGAUAUCGGUUGCAGAUAACGGAAUAGCUGUUGCUUCUUGUAGUUGGGACCAAACCGUUCGAGUUUGGGGUUAAUUUAAGUUUAAAAAAUUUUGAAGAAAGCUGGGUUAGGUUUAUUAAUACUUUUUAUUAUACAUUUCUAAAAUAUUGACAUAUGUUGUACGAAAUACUUGGAAUAACUAAUAAAUAAAUGUUAAUGUGUAA